UAGCGUCUCGGCUCCAUGGCUCAAAUCACGAGCACAGCCAGCUCUGGCAGUGCGAAGUCCUGGAAAUGGCAAUGUGCUGCCAGAUGCAUACUCCUGGCAUGUUUUCUGACCCUGGCAUGGAGGCCAAACACUUCACUUGAAGUCUUCACAGUGGCUAGCCAGCCGAACCCCAAGAGACCUUCACAGUCGUUCGGGCGCACGAUCGCGGUCCACACAUGUGCAGGAAGCACCACCGCAGAAGAAAUACCUGCGAAGCCACGUCGGAUGACAGCCAAGCAGUGGAUAAAGUACCUUUUCUCCAUCCACGGCCUGAGCGGUGCGCUGUCUGUUCUUGGCGGAAGCAUUUGGACCACUGUUCGAAUGGCAAAGGGCGUCCGUGUAGCAAGCCACGAAGAAGUUGUGUUCAACGUCGUUUUGAGUGCUCUCAUUCUCAUCACUGGCAUCGAGCGUCUGAGGACGCUGCGCAAUCGAGAUGUGUUGCUGAAAUUUUGGGUUGGCAUUUCCAUACAGAUCUUUGCGUUGUGUCAAGUCCUUGAAGAGCCAUUGCUUGGAUGGAUUCCACAUGCAGUCUUUGGAAACUGGCUGAGCCGGAUUUGGGGAGUGCUGUCAGUUUUUUUCUAUGUCAAAUGGCUGCUGCAAAUCAAGAAGUGGAACGAAGCUUAUGAAACAAAGAGUGAUAAAACAGUCGCACGCAUUUUCCAUCCCCUUAUGGCUCCUGCAAUGGGUUCGGUCGUCGUGAUGGAAGUUGUCACCUUUGUCAACUUCGUGGAACUCAACUUCAAUUUGGUCAGCAGGUGCGCGGCUGCGCAAGCCUUGUUCCUGGAUUCACAGCUGGUUUCUUUGGCCGUCAACAACGUUGCGCAGUUCACGCUGACGCUGGCGAACCAAAGGAAGGUUGCAAACAUCGGACCAUUGUUUUAUCUAUUGGGGACCAUUGGCACUGUUCAGUUUGGACUGCUGAUGUGGGUCCACAUGAAACACCUUGGCUUGGCUGGAUUAAAUCCGGUGAUGCUUGUGCCGCUGCUGUGUCGUGGAGCAGCCUGAGUCGAAACAGACAUCCUGCCCAUAUGCACGUAGUUCAGUGCUGUCGCCUACCAAGCAAAAUCUCUGGCAAUACCUCACUGUUCGAGCUUCCUUUGCCCGAGACUCGUUUCUCCAAAGAGAGAGAGGAAGAGGAACAGAGCGGUUCAAAUUGCAAAGGUCAAUUGGCAGCAGAAAACAA